AUGGCUAGCCCCUCCCAAACACCUUCCUCACAGACUCUCAACGAAUUCCUAGACCUGCUGGAAAAAGAGUGGACCCUCCCAGUAGCAUGUCAGGAUCAAUGCCACCCACCCGAGACAUGCAGUUGCUUGCGUCACAUCGUCCACGUCGAGGCCCUUAGAGCAUGGUGGAUGCGUACCACAUCCGAUACAGCGGGGUACACCAGAUUGAAGAGGAUUCUUGACGAUCUUGAGCCCGCCGAUCAUCAGUUAUUUCCUGUCGAGCAGAAAUGGCUCUCUGGAGACUACUCUUGCCUGACAGUCUUCAGUCUGCUGUUAGAACAGGGACGCCAUUACCUCAUCAAUGCAUUCCACGACGCUGGAAUGAACGACAAAAAUUUGGAGUACGAAACUCAAAAUAGUGACUCAAGCUUACGUAGGAGCUUGGCGAAAGUUGCCAAUCGUGGCGACGUAGACAGAAUUCUAGAGGAUUUUCAGAGAGAGCGAUGGGCGUACUGUCCUCUCAAGCUCGAAAUGCAUAUGGAUCGCUAUCUUCAAUCCACGAGGAUUAUCCCGCCCUUCUGCCGGAAGAUCAAACUGGGUGAAAAGGGGGGCACUGCUUCCAUAUAUUGGGUCACGGUCCAAGAAAUGUUGGUCACCGACGACAGCCUCAAGAAUGCUAUUCAAGACUCAGCAUAUCAUGAUGAAGACUUUGGAAAGUGUUACCAGAUGGUACUCAAAACCUAUUCAGGGAAACACGAAAGCGCUUAUGACUCUGAAAAGAAGGCUUUCUCAGGCUUAAAGCUCAACGAAUCAGUUCCAAUAGUAGGAUACUUGGGAUGCUAUACUCACGAGUAUGGGGAGGGUCCCGAUGCGGGUAAGACGUAUAACCUUCUACUCGAAUGGGGCGAGCGAGAUCUUUACGAGGCCUGGGAGGAUGAGAAGAACGUCCCGCCCGUACGAGCUGAGGAAAUCAUAUUGUUUUGGAAAUCCCUUUUCGAGAUUGCUGACGCCAUCCGACACAUCCAUAACCUUGAAGUUCGCCGUGUAAAAGGGAGGUCUUUGAUGUUUAAUGGCUGGCAUGCGGACAUCAAGCCAGAUAACAUUCUUUCCGUACGUGGACGCUUGAAGCUGGCAGACUUCGGGUUCUCCCAAUUUUCCCCUGCUGUGAGGAGCCGCAAUGAUUCUGUGCCGACUAAUUUUAUCGAAGGCUUUACGGACACGUAUGGCGCUCCUGAGGUCUCGAGAAAGGUGCCAAACGGAACUCUAUCAGGGGUCACACAAUCUAUCGAUAUCUGGUCUUUUGGUUGCGUCUUAUCGGUAGCUGCCACUUGGAUAGUUCUAGGUUUUACAGGCGUUCGACAGUUUGAGGAACUGAGGCAACUGCUACCAGCCAACAGGAUUGGGGAUAAAACCUAUGACCGGUUUCAUGACGGAUUUGAUGUCUUGCCCGAGAUCAAGAAGUGGCACAACUUCUUGCGAGGACAUAUUCGCUCCUCAGACACAGCCACCACAAAGGUCCUCGAUCUAGUGGAGCUCAAGAUGCUUCAGGCGGACACGCGAAACCGAAUCCAUACAGAUGAUUUGUGCAUAGAGUUCGAAUCCCUCCUAGAAUCUGCUACAACAGCAAUAAGCAAGCUAAGGACAAACUCCAAGGAUACUGACGACAUAGUCUUGAGGGCGCUCCUCAAUGUGGAACAGGUCGCACAAACCCAAAGGUCUUCCGAACAAACGAUCAACCCCUUGCAACAACGUUUGAACACCACGGCCGAUGUGGCGCCACUUGAUCCCCGCCAAAGGGCUUCUUUGCAGAUACACAAAGAAGAGAGAAGAAAGAGUAGGCUAUUGGGUCAAACGCCAUUCCGACGAGAGAUUCUGGAACGUGAACUAAGAUCCAGAUCAUCUACUAUUACCGAAGAAAACGACACAUCCAAUAAAGAUCUACACAGUGGUGACACAACUGAGAGUCCCAUACAAGAGACGUCAUUCGAUAAUGCAUACCCUCCCUUGGGUAUCUCAAAUGGGGUUACUAGGGGUUCGGGUGGUGCUAGUGUCCACUACGACCCUGCUGACGACCAAAACCUGAGGUCGCCCCACACAUCGUCUACGUCACCGCUAAGGAGCAAGUAUGUAUCUCGAUCGCCUGUGGAUGUUUCUCAUGAGAUAGGUCGUGCAAGGCUUUUUGAUUCGGACCAUACUGAGAUACCCAACAACUCUGGAAACCAAAUGCGAUCACUUCAGUCUGCAGGCCGCGAGAAUGGAGCACAUACAAAGCCAACACACUAUGCGACAGAUCCCUCAAGAUCCCAGAAGCAUAUGGAACUAUCCGUCUUGGACCCAUCGGGACCUUCCUCAGCACCUGCGAGUGUAUCGCGAUCUGACGAUCCGUCAAAACGUGGUAUUCAAGCAGCUGAUUUGAGUCAGAUCGCAAACUCGCAGACUCACUACGGUGCUAGUAACGACUUCAGUCAGUACGACCAUCACGCCGACACCCAUGGUUUUGGUUCAGGCUCCGUCUCAAGAGACGUGCUGCUAGUUCAAACUCCUAUGCCCAACCAUCAAACAAGAGGAGCGAGAUAUGAUCCGCCAAAUCAAAUUGAGUCUGUCCAUGAGAUGCCGCUGAAGUCAAGUCCUGAUAUCGGAGACACCAAGCAUUCUAUUCCUAACCCGACAAGCCCUCUGACAAACACACCUCUUCGAGGCCUGCGGAUUCUAGGUGAUCCGGCACUUAGUGUAUAUAGUCAGUAUGGUCAUGUUACUCCUACUAAUUGCGAAAAGAUUCCAUUUGAUGUCUACGAUCUACCCUAUGACAUCUGUCGCCAGCGCAAAAUCCUUGAACGAGAAACACCCAAAGGCGUACGGGCUAGGCUGAAGGGCAAGUUCGGCUUAGAGGUUAGAAAACCGGAUUCUGAUCUUGCACCUAUAUUCAGCGUGGCUCGAGAUUUGGUUUUGGUGAUCGACAAUGGCGCAACGAUGUUUCGUCAUUUCCCGAUCGCUACGUUCGUAGCAGAAACCCUCGUCAGGAAAGCCGCAGGACUGGAUAGAGAUGGCAUAGACGUAUUCUUCACAGUUGAUGGAGAUGUACACAACCGGAAAGCUCUAGUGGGCGAUAGUGGAAGGCAACAACUGCAAGCUGCUUUGGUGGAAGCAACACCGGACAACAAUGAUCAUGAUGAUCACAAAGAAUCACAGACUGACAUGCUGGAAACUUUUCGCAGAAUUGCCGAAGGGUGGAGGAUCAAGGGGAAGCCUGCUACUACUCUCCUCGUGCUUACCGAUGGUCUCUGGAAAGACACAAACAAAAACGAGUUCGACAAAGCCAUUAUCAAAGUCGCACAGGAUGCCACACAGGUCACUUCUCGACGCACAGGCAAUCGCUCAUUCAGCAUCCAGUUCAUCCGUUUUGGCGACGAGGGAUAUGAAAGGCUGCGCGAACUCGACGAUGUUCUUUGCAGCAGAAACAUGGUCAGGGACAUUGUCGACCAUUGUUCAUGGCGUACCAGCGUCGACAAGAUGAUCAAAGGCAGCAUCGAAGGAUUCCAUGAUCAAGACGACAACGAUGAGAAAGACAUGAUGUACCACUAUCAAGACCUGGUUGCCCUCUUCAAAAGUUAUAACGACUUGCAUCACGUACAGGAACAUUCGAGCACGCUCUUAUCACCCUUAUCGCCUUCUCCGUCGCUCGCACGCACCUUCAGCUUAGUAUCCAACUCUUCGAAUAGGGAAAAGCACAGAUCGACGCCAGAACCGUUACCACGAAGGGGCAGCUCGCACCGCAAGAUGUUCUCGCAGUAA